ACAUAGAAAAUAUUGUGAAGCUUCGUUCAUUUUCAUCAGUAACUGCUUAUUACUUUUAGAUUUGUAUCCUGGUGUCUUCCUCUUGGUAGAAAUACUAGAAUGAUGAUAAAGCAUUUUCCAUUUGAGUUCACUUUGUCAUAUCUACAUGCAUCGUAAGACUUGAACUGCUGGUUUUUGACUGUGGCAGGUGAUGCUGACCAUUCUAACACAUUUGGAGUUGGGUGAAGUGCAGUACUUGAGUUUGCUUCCACAAACAAAUGUAACCUGCACCAUAAAUUUCCAUCAGAGAUGGGGCACAAAGCAUGAGAAGUUCCCUUGGACAGGGCAGUGCCUCUGCAUCAUCCUCUGUAGACUUGGGCUCAGCUAGGCAAACAGAGACUCGUGUACAGCGGCAGUUAAGUGGCAAGAAAUCUGACAUUGAAACUUACAGGUCUGACAUAAACACAAAGCACCAACGCACAGGGUCAUCUUUGUCUGGAACUCCAAGUCAUGCUUUCCAAGGUUUGGGUCUUGCAACGAGCAUGAAUGAAGAAAAUAUGGAGGUUGCUGUUGCCCGUGUCGAAAAUGAGGCUGUAGGUGUAACAAAUGGCACUACUAAAGAACAGUUGCUGGUUUCAGAAAGUGCAGGAGUAGAUGAUACAUGCACUGAAGUUGAAUGCAGCAAUCACCGUGGAACAAUGAUUGCUUCUACCUCAGAAUUGUCAACACAAACCCUAAACAACCAUUUAGGAGACAGUUCAGUUGCUUUGUUUUCAAGUGUUGAAGAUUCUAUUUCAUAUGGGAAUGGUGAAGGCUUCCAAAAUGGCGCGAGGAGCAUCUCGGAUCAAGGAGCAUCGGCUGCGACUCCAGAACCUUCUACAGUAGAGGAAGAUACCAUGCCAAAUUCUAUUGUUGAUAGGGUGGAUGUUGCAGAUGUUCUCACUCAGAGCUCAUUGGAUACAAUAUCAGAAAUAGAAACUGAAAAUGGUCAUCUGGGUAUGCCUGGUUCUGAGUCUGAUGUUGGUUCCCCAAAUACAAGGAGCACCAUAGAUGAGUUACCAGAGCCUUCUGUUGCUACUGCAUUUGAUAAGGAUAUAACUGCUUCAGUUGCAGAGCAUGACACCUCGAAUGGUUGGAACUAAAAUGUGUAGUGGGAGUAGUGGGUUAUUCCUGUAUUAUGUAUGAAAUUAAA